AUGCUGUGGGGUGAGGGCCUGUUGCUGUCCUUCUCGGGUCUCUUCGUGCUCUCCUUGCUGCUCACCCGCAGUCCUCUCCUCUCCUGUCUCCUCCUCAGCGGGCUCUACCUCCUCCUGCUCUUCUCCCGCUUCCCCCCAGUGCCCGAGUCCCGGGCUUCCCAUGUGCUCCGACCCGGGGGGAAGGUGUCAGUCAUCGCCCACAGAGGAGGAGCCCAUGACGGCCCUGAGAACACCUUGGCUGCCAUUCGUCUGGCUGCAAGGAAUGGUGCAACUGGGGUAGAGCUGGACCUGGAGUUCACUAAAGAUGGAAUUCCUAUUCUCAUGCAUGAUGACACUGUGGACAGAACAACAGAUGGUACCGGCAGGCUAACGGACCUUACAUUUGGAGAAGUCAGAAAGCUCGAUCCUGCUGCUAAACACAGAUUACGGCACCUGUAUAAUGAUGAAAAAGUUCCACACUGAAGGAGGCAGUUAAAGAAUGUAUACAUCACAAUCUGGUGGUUUACUUUGAUGUCAAAGGCCAUGCCGCUCAGUGCAGAGUUGUGGAACCUGUGUUUAUUCUUGAUGGCAUCGGGGCAUCUGACUGCUUGAGUGCAGAGGACAAGAGCCUGUGGGAGCAGAAGAUCAGGCUGCUGAAGCCCUCAGGCAGCUGUAUGUGGACUUUCCCAACCUGUAUAACAGCAGCAUCGUCUGUUCUUUUGAGCCAAGUGUGAUCUAUAAAAUGAGGCAAGCAGACAUAAAUGUAGUCACGGCUUUAACCCAUAGGCCAUGGAGUCUUAGUCAUUUAGGCGAUGGGAAACCUCGUUUUGACUCCAUGUGGAACCAUUAUUUUUAUGUGUCAAUGGAUGUCCUACUCGAUUGGGCAUUACACCACAUUCUGUGGAACUUUUGUGGCAUAUCUGCUUUCCUGAUGCAGAAGAAUUACAUCUCAAAAGACUAUGUGGAGAAGUGGAAUAACAGAGGCAUUGAAGUUGUGGCUUGGACAGUUAAUACAGCCUCUGAGAAGUUAUAUUAUGAACACAUCCUGCACAGUAACUACAUCACCGACAGCAUGGUAGAAGACUGUGAGCCUCACUACUGA